AUGGAGAGCUACGGAGAUCUGAUCAACAAUAACAAAGUUGUCUUGGAUGAUGGAAACUAUGGGUUUUGGAAAUCAAGGAUAAAAUCUAUCAUAGGAGGUAUUGAUCGUCUUGCUUGGAAGACUGUUCUGGAAAAGUGGGAGGAACUGACGAUCAAGGACGAGUCAGGAAGGAAGCAGUUCGAUCUAAUUCAGGGGUGUGAAACUGCUAAAGAAGCUUGGGAUAUUUUACAAAUCCAAUAUGAAGGAACCACAAAAGUGCAAAGCUCAAGAAAAGACAUGCUGGCUUCACGGUUCGAAAAUCUAAGGAUGGAAGAACACGAAUCAAUAUCAGACUUUAGUUCAAAGUUAAGUGCGUUAGCUCAGGAAGCAUUAACUCUUAGAAAGACUUAUAAGGAUCAGAAGCUGGUCAAUAAAUUUUUAAGGUGUCUUCCUUCAAGGUUCAUGGGAUACAAGACUGCACUAACUGUUUCUCAUGAUCUAGACAGUCUCAUUUAUGGUGAAGUGGUUGGAAUGCUGCAAGCUCACGAGAUGGAGCUUAAUGGAAUUAAGAAACCAAAAGGUAUAGAUUUAACGGUUAGUAGAGACACAUCAGAUCAAGGAGAAGAAGAUGUUGUGAGUUUAUUAGUAAGAAGAUUUGAUCGUGCUUUAAAAAGAAUAGAAGAAAGUAAUUCACAAAAAAAGACUGGAGUAUUCAAAAAGACCAGUGAAGAUAAGAAGGCUGAUAUGCAGUGUCAUGAAUGCAAAGGGUUUGGACAUUUCAUUCGUGAGUGUCCAACGAUUAAGCUUCGAGAUGCAAAGUGCACUAUUUGCAGAGGUACAAGACAUACACAGGAGAGAUGUGUGAGUAACCUUAAACACAAGAAAGAGAAGUCUAUGAUAAAUAUUGAAGAUGAUUCAGAUGAUGGUAGCAGUAAUGAAGAAGAACUCAUGAAUCUAGUAGCAAUGGUGGGGAUUACUGAUUUUGAGAAUGGAGUAGAGGUAACAGAUUCUGAAUCAGAAGAUGAGGAAGUUCUUGAUAUUGUUCAAAGUUACAAGGAAGUCCGAGGAACACUCAUUACCUUAGGGAAGGAAAAUCAAGACUUAAUCAAAGAACAACUUCAUCUUGAAGCUGUGAUCAAAUCACUACAGAAUGAUUUGGUGGACGAAAAAAAGAUUGCUAAGGAAUUUGUGGAUUUAAUGAAAGAAAAGUUGGUGUUACCCGCAAAAGCAGACAAGCUUGAGGAAGAUUCAAUUAAAGAGAAGAAGAAAUCCACAGAACUUCAAUCUGAACUCGAUCAGCAAUACAGAAAAAUUCACAUGUUUGCAGGAACGAAGCAACUUGAUAAGAUUUUAAGCUAUGGAAGAACUGAGAAAACUCAUAGAGGGUUGGGUUUUAUUGAGAACCAAGGAGACAAGAAAACAACAACUAAAUUUGUUAUUGCUGGAGUGCAUCACUGUGAUUUGAAAGCAUCAACAUCCGCAUCUGAGAAGUCUUCAGGCUGCUAUUUUUGUGGAAAAUUUGGACACUAUAAACAUUAUUGCUCUAAAUUCUGGGAAAGAGUCUAUAGUUUAAAGCGACAAGGGAGAUUUUUCUGGAAUGGAUUUAAGAGACAUGUUUGGAUGAAGAAGAAUGAUCUGUAUCAAACAUAA